UCACCCCCUCCACUAACACUUGCAGCUACAACUUGUCCCUGCCUGAAGAAUGGGGGCGAGAGUCUCCCGCCUCUGUCUGCCUGUGCCGCCCCCAGAUCCGUGUUGCAUCCCCAGGAGGAGGAGGAGGAAGGGGAGAUUUCCCUGGCAGUCGCUGCCACUUGUGAGUUGCUGCAGCAGGUUCCUGGGCUCAGACUUAGAGGCGGAGGUGGAAGCGGAGGCGGCGCUGGGCUGCAGAGAGAAAAGCUCAGGCUCUCAGCCACUCACCACUGCAAUGUAGAGGGAGAGGGGAACCCCUGUGCCAGACACCCCACCAGCCGCUGCCAGCAACUCCGGGACGGGCACUGCUCUACUUCCUGCAGCCGGGGGACUGACGCUACUUUUGGCUCAUGUGCUGCGCUCAUCCUACUACUUCUGGGAUUGGCAUCUGACAGCAGGUCAGUCUUACUCCAUAUUCCUGGCAUCAUGAAUACAAAGCAUCAGGGCCGCUGAUUGGCUGCGGCAGAUACAUGACAUCCGCUGCUGAAGUAACACUGGAGGCAGAAGAGGGAUCUGCACGUUAAUAGAGGGCGAUUUGUUGGAGACACCAAAAAGAUACUAUUAAUAAUGGAUGAAGGAGUGGAUGUUACAACUGAAGGUAACUCUCUUAUCAAAGCAGUAUACCAAAGUAGGCUACGCCUCACGCGACUUCUUUUGGAAGGUGGAGCGUAUAUCAAUGAAAGCAAUGAUCGUGGAGAAACCCCACUUAUGAUUGCCUGUAAAACAAAACAUGUUGACCACCAAAGUGUCAGCAAAGUUAAAAUGAUUAAAUAUCUCCUGGAAAACAAUGCAGAUCCUAAUAUUCAGGAUAAAUUUGGUAAAACAGCUUUAAUGCAUGCUUGCUUGGAAAAUGCUGGAUCAGAGGUGGUGUCUAUGCUUUUAGAGAGUGGUGCUGAUCCCAGUCUACAGGACCACACUGGAUUCUCUGCCCUUGUUUAUGCAGUCAAUGCUGAGGACAAGGAAACUCUUAAGAUUCUCCUAAAUGCUUGCAAGGCCAAGGGAAAAGAAGUUAUAAUCAUAAGAACUGAUAAGUCUCCAUCAGGCAGACAAACUACAAGGCAGUAUCUAAAUGCCCCACCUUCUCCAGGCAUUGAUCAUAAUUCUCCUACUCCAUGUACAUCACCAUCUGAAAUUGAACUAAAGACUUCCCCAACACCAAUAUCAAAUGCUUUUGAAGCAGAAAAGGAACUCUUUAACUUUAAAGAGGCUGAUACAUCUACUGACAUAAAAGGUUCCUCGGAGCCGGGUUCUCCAACAAAAAAGCCUCAUAUGAUGCAUAUUGGAGCAAAGUUGCCACUCCUUCAGAGACUGCACUCCGAGCCCUGGUUAAAGAUUCCACCAUCCCUGCUCCACCAACACAAAGUGUCUUCUCUUCAAGAGGAGCUACAGGACAUAACACCUGAAGAAGAGCUCUCUUUUAAAAUAAAUGGCUUAGUAUAUUCAAAACGUUAUUUCACUCGACAUCAGAGCAUUGACGUGAAAGAUACUGCACAUCUUCUAAAAACCCUUGACUCCUCUGGUCCAAGAAAAUUCUCAUAUGAUGAAAUACAUUCACAAACACUUUACCCUGAGGGAACACCAAACAAGUCCGAACUCCCUGCAGACCAAGACCCUGAUUCGGCGCACACAAUGUCUGUUUCAAGCCUAAGGAGCAUAGUUCAAAGAAGAAAUUUAGGUGCAAACCAUUACAGCUCUGACUCCCAACUCACAAGAAAUCAUGGUCUAGCUACAAGUGAGGACAGUAAAUCGCUUUUGGAAAAAAAGAAGAUGUUUUCUCCCCCAUCCUUGCUGUCCAGUUCUAGAGAGUCUCUAGAAAAUGCAUCUGUCACAGCAUUAAGUAGAAGGAACCAUGCCCUCCUAGAGAGGCGCGGAUCUGGAGCUUUACUGUUAGAUCACAUAAGCCAGACUAGGCCAGGCUUCCUUCCACCAUUGAAUAUAAACCCCCAUCCACCUAUUCCAGACAUCAGUUGUCAUAGUAAAACAUCCAGUGUUAUAUUUCCGGGAGCAAAACCCCUUGUCCCCUCUGCUCCGCUUUUUCCAAAAGAGUCAAAAAGCAAGAGAAUGCUUCUCCGUAGACAUUCAAUGCACACGGAACAGAUUAAACAACUAGUAAACUUUGAAGAGAUUGUUGGCUAAAGAAAGCCUGCAAAGCUAAAAGUAUUGGAACUGUCUCACUUGCGCUCUCUCCAGACAGCACCUGCUGCACAAAAUGCUUCAGACCUUUUUGCAAAGAAAACAGAUCCGUUCAUGCUCGAUAAAUUAUUUAAGCAGUAAAAUGCUCAGUUGUUGGCAGUAAUCACAGUUUUUGCUACAAUAUAAAUGAAUAGCUGCCCUACAUUUGCAGCUUUUUUUAUCAGCAUAGCAGGUCAUAAGGAAUUCAGAAGUAUGGAGAAAUUAUAGAUUCCAGUUACUGAGACCGAAGAAGCACAUGAGAAACCAGAGAAUGAAGGUUUCGAAAGUUCAGGAGGACUAACAUAUGAUCGGGAAGACCAUUUGUGAUUUUCUUCUUAUGAAUCAUGUUUGCACACAAUGUGCUUUGUACAUGAUCUAGAGAUUCAUUGAGUAUUUUAUACCUACUAUGUACCCAGGUGUAUCCAUAAAGCACCUCUACCUCUAGAGUAAAUGAACACAUGGGUUUAUUAAUACAAAUAUAUAUUUAUUUCAUUAUUGAGCUUUCGAAGUAAUCCAACAAGAUGUCUUGUGUUUAUUGAUGGGGCUAUUAACAGCCUCAAGAAGCUUCUUGUAGAAAUCUGUUCCUUGAGAUUAUUAAAUAAUAUAUGCCAUAUUAUGUUCUGCAGAUGUGAAAAAGCGGAAACAGUUGUAAUAAGGUUGCAAGAUGGGUUUUGAAAGGGUUUGACAUUACUUGAUGUACCUACAUGGUGCAGCUGUGCCUUGGGUUUACUAUAUGUGGAUUGUAUUGGAUUAAAAAACAUAUUUCUUUCCUUAAAAUGCAGAUAUUUCUUUUUCCUAUUGCAUGAGGAUACAGUGAUAGAGUAGAAUGUCCUCUGUUGGUAACACAAGGGCUAAUUUAUAGUAUAGCAGUCAAAGUAAGGUCAACAUUAUGUAUGUUGACAAUCAUUUUUGUCAUCAACUUGUAACGCUACAAAAUACUACAAACAGCGCUGUGAACCUAAAGGCCAGUAAUAGUAAAAUGUAUGUAGAAUCGGUUCUACUAAGUGUGACCAAAUUACAUGUGCAGUACUUUAUAUAAACCAAAGAGUGUCACAAAGGUCAAAGACAAUAGGAAGUUCUGAAAACUAAAUAUAUCAUCGAUGUAACAGCACCAGUUUGUUGGAAAGAUAAUUUAUUGUACAAAAGUCACAGCUUAAAGUGAAUGUUAACUUUACAUAAAACUGAGUCAUUUUGUAAAUACUUUGUAUCAUUUUUACUUACAGUCUGGAUUGUAUUCCUGAACUGCAUUGAUAAUUUUACAUCUUUCAGAGCUGAAAUCUUCUGGUAUUCAUAGCUGACUCAGUGUCUGUACUCAGUUUGCUGUAGUGAUUUCACUUCUUUUUACACCAGGCACUGUACAAAUGUCAAAUGGCCCCACUUUAUUAUAGGAAGCCAUUAGAAAUGUGUCCACAAAUGCUAUAGUGGACAAUUCAAACCCACACAUUGGGCAAUGUAGAAUAUUUACAAAGUUGAUAAACUUUUUAGGUAAGUUAUAUGGGAUAUUUGAAAUAUGUGCAAACACUUGAAGACUUGAUUUAUUAUUAUAAAAAACUAUUAUUUAUAAGUUGUAUGAAAUAGAAGUUGUGGUUUGCUAAGACUCUAUAGUCAAAACAAAGGUGCAAAACUUAUGGCAGUUUCUUUUGUCAAAUGAAGUAAAUAAUAGGAAACUUUACAAGUAAAAUGCUAACAGUGUCAUAUAGAAUAAAGUCAAUGUUUGUAUAAUAUAAUUGAUCCCGUAUUCUUAGUAUUAUUGUAACAAUAAUUUCUCAAUUAAUAUUGUGUAAAUAAGAAAGUAACAAGCACUGUGCAAUGAUAUAAAAUGAAAUUAAAAGAACACUCUCAGCAAAACAGAUGCAUUGUGUCUGCCAAGUGCAGGGUCUUUGGUAUUCUUUAAAUCCCUGUUUUAUUUUCUACCCCCACAUUUACGACACUAGACAGAUAACAGUAAAUCUGCUUUGACUGGAGUGAUCCUUUAAAGGGGUUUUCAGAUAAGGAAACCUGUCUAAACUGGGUUUAACCUGUCUAAUAAAUUAAAAUAUAUUGGUAAAUAGAGCUAUUUUGCUACCUUUCUGUGGUCUUUCUGCUGUACAUUCUGUAAAAGAAUUUCUGUUCCUGCUAUGUAUUCUAGCUGGGAUUUCAGCCAACCCCAUCUCCAUUGCACUAUGAUUGUGGGUGUAGCGGGUGGGGUUAUAGUCAAGAAGGUGUAGAGGGAGGGAGAUAUACUUGGCUGAAUGUGUACAGGAGGAACAGGUAGUCCAUUACAGGAUGUACACUAGACAAAAAUGUAAGCAUUGCAGACAACAGAGCAGACAGUUUGCAAGUUUGCAGAAGCAGAAGAAAAGCAUGAAAGACCACAGCAAGGGGGUAAAAUUAGUUUAUCUACCAAUCUGUUUGUAUUUAUUAGACAGUUAAAAAUAGGUUUCAUAGUUGGAAAAACCUUUUAAAAGGAAAUCUGUUAUCAGCAUCACCUGCACUAACCAUCAUACAGGCUUGUAGUGUGGGUGAUACUGAUCAAAAUUAUACUUACAAUGUCCUG